UCCGGUUGAAAGUGUUGGUACAUUCUGCUUGACAACUUGUUCACUGACAGCCUCUUCAGCGAUUCGCUAGUGGUUGAAAGUUUGUUCUUGUCAAGCAAACACUGAAGUGAUGGCGCCCGCCCUGGGGUCCCGGACGCUCAGCAAAGAUGACAUUAAUUAUAAACUACAUUUUCGAAUGAUAAACGAGCAACAAGUCGAGGAUAUUACCAUAGAGUUUUUCUAUAAACCACAUACCAUUACCCUUUUGACAUUUACUGUGCUCAGCUUGAUGUACUUCGCAUUUACCAGAGAUGAUGCCAACCCAGAUAAUAAUCUGCGAGUAGGACUGGUGUUGGUUGUCUCCUUCUUCCUGGUCAUUAGUGUCCUGGCAUUCCCUAACGGUCCCUUUACAAGGCCACAUCCUGUAAUAUGGAGAAUGGUCUUUGGUCUCAGUGUUCUUUACUUCCUCUUCCUGGUUUUCCUCAUCUUCUUGAACUGGCAUCAAGUGAAGACGCUUAUGUAUUGGCUGGACCCUAACCUGCGAUAUGCCACACGGGAGUCGGAUGUUAUGGAAUAUGCAGUGAACUGUCACGUGAUCACCUGGGAGCGAAUCAUGAGCCACUUUGACAUCUUUGCCUUUGGCCACUUUUGGGGCUGGGCCAUGAAGGCCCUUCUCAUACGGAGCUACGGUCUCUGCUGGACCAUCAGCAUCACCUGGGAGCUCACUGAGCUGUUCUUCAUGCAUCUGCUGCCUAAUUUCGCUGAGUGCUGGUGGGACCAGGUGAUCCUGGACAUCCUGUUGUGUAAUGGAGGCGGCAUUUGGCUGGGCAUGACUGUCUGCCGAUUCCUGGAGAUGCGAACCUACCGCUGGGCCAGCAUCAAAGACAUCCAUACUACCUCUGGGAAGCUAAAGCGGGCCGUUUUGCAGUUUACUCCAGCCAGUUGGACGUAUGUCCGCUGGUUCGACCCCAUGUCCUCCUUUCAGAGAGUUGCAGGCAUCUACCUCUUCAUGAUCAUAUGGCAGCUCACAGAACUGAACACAUUCUUCCUGAAGCACAUAUUUGUGUUCCAGGCAUCUCACGCUCUAAGCUGGUGCCGCAUCCUCCUCAUCGGCAUCAUCACUGCCCCCACAGUACGCCAGUACUAUGCCUACCUCACAGACACGCAGUGCAAACGAGUGGGGACACAGUGCUGGGUUUUUGGAGCCAUAGCCUUUCUGGAAGCACUCGCAUGUGUUAAGUUUGGCCAAGACCUCUUCUCCAAAACACAGGCCCUGUACGUAGUGUGGUGGCUUCUAUGUGUGGCCUUCAUAACGUCUCUGUGCUUGUAUGGAAUGGUGUGGUAUGAGCAGAACCAUCGAUCCAGUAUGAAGAGCCUAUCGGAAUGUGAAGACAACAGUUUAAAUGAGUCAACUGGAGGCAUCUUGGAUGAGCCGAAAGGUGAAAAGUGCUCUGGGAGUAGCAGUCAUUCAUCCAGGCGGAGAAGAGGAGGACCUGGAAAGAGUAAAACCGUGAAUGGGACAAAUGGGGAAAAACUAACGGCUUAGUGUGCGGCAGACACUGAAAUGCACUCACAUUCCCUAGAGUGAGAAGAGAGGAAUGACAAAAAGUACAAAUACUGUUGAAAAAGAGUUUAAAGGAGGAUCUGUAGAGACACCAGCAUCUUUCAUCUUGGGUACAGAGGAAGAGUGCAUAAGACGUUGAGGGAUCAUGUGAGAGCAGCACCUCUCCUUAUACCUCAUGUUGUUGACAGGACAUAUCUUUGCAGUGGGUUGAGAUUAAGCCACCAAAUGUUUUCAGUGUGGUCUUUGUUGUAGUUCUCUGUGUGAGUGUGUUGGGUGGGUGUUGUUGGAGGGAGGGUAGAUGCAUAGGGCUGUUUUGGGUGGCUCUUCCUGUUAGCUACUGCUGGCAAAGAAAAGCACAUGAUUUAAGGUUUUAUUUAUUUAUUUAUUUUGCUUUAAACCAAUUAUGCUUCUUCACUUCUGAACAAUCCUAAUUUGAGUCAUCCUACAUCAGUGUCCAAUGACCUAUGUCAUUCCACCGUUUACUUACUGUAAAGUUUACAGUUAAGUGUAAAACAAGGUCUUUUUAAACUGAUGCAAAGACUAACAUUUUGUAUGUAUUGCAGAGAACCUGAAAACAUUCUUUUGUUUUGAUGAGUACAUUCUUAUUUUAUUUCAUGCACUGCUAUUGAGGUAAUGUAUUUAGUUCAAAUGUAUUUAAUUAACCUAUUUUACUAGGGUUUAUGGUUUAUGGCAAGCAUAAUAAUGUUAAUAAUACAUUAGUAUUAAUGGUUGGUUUCUAUAGCCCCCUUCAGAAAGCCUAAUCUGCAGUGUGCUCUAUAAGUGUGUGUGGAUGUGGGUGUGGGUGUGUCUGUGAAAAAGAGGAGAGGGAGAACUCAAGUGUCCUUCUCACUGACGUUUGAUGUCAAGCAGCUUAUUUUGUCUUCUGUCUUACUAUACAUGUUGUUUGCACUGUGAAGUACUUUGUGUGUGGUGUUUGAGCCUCUUGUUGGAUUGGCCUGUAAUGCCCUCGACCUUUCUCGCAGUGAAGCCUUAAAGUUAUGAUGGACUCCUGCCUCACGGUUAGAGCCACUCUUGGUAUCUAUGCACAGCAGACAUAGGGAAGCAGGUUCUAGUGGUUGCAAUUUAUAUAACUGUUAAUUCUGUGUUGAAACACCGACUUAACAAAACUUAAAAGGGACUGAUCCUGGAAGAUUUGGUUUGUUUUGGCGGGUCUGAAAUUGAAAUCUUCAUCUUUGUCAAAUUGAAUUCCUAGCUGAGGUACAGCGGGGAAAAUAAGUA